UUUAUGUUGGAACUUCGAGAAAAAAGACGUUAUCUUUAGAUUUGCAAGUUUUAAUGUCAUAUUGAAAAGAAUCGGUUGCACAAGUUAAUUUGUCUAAAGACGUUACCCCCACUCCUCUCCUCUCCUUAAAACCCUUGUAGUCUCUUCCUUGGAUUCGUUUUAUUCCAAGGGGUUUAUGUUUUGAACAUCUGUUUUCAUCUAAUUUUUCAAACAAAGACCCUGAUUCGAAAUGCUCUCAUUUUCAUCUCUUCAAUCUUCUAAAAUCAGAUUACCUCCUCAUCCGAAUCCAUCUUCAAUCCUUCAUUCUUUUCAUCACCAUUCUUCAAUUCUCAUUUUAAAACGCCAAAAACAAACUUUAAAGCAUCAAAGUGCUCUUCGUAUCAGAGCUCUAGAUGCAGCUCAACCUUACGAUUACGAAGCUUUAAUCAAUGAUCGUUUCGAAAAAAGUACGAAGCUAAAGAUUGGCAUUGUUGGGUUUGGUAAUUUCGGUCAGUUUCUUGCAAAAACCCUAGUCCGUCAAGGACACAAUGUAUUAGCUCAUUCUCGGUCGGAUUAUUCUGAUAUAGCUCGAAAAUUAGGGGUUUUAUUUUUCAGUGAUGCUGAUGAUUUAUGUGAAGAACAUCCCGAGGUAAUACUUCUUUGUACUUCUAUUAUUUCUACUGAAUCAGUUCUUAGGUCAUUACCGCUGCAGAGAUUGAAAAGAAGUACAUUAUUUGUUGAUGUUCUCUCUGUUAAAGAGUUUCCGAGGAAUCUAUUUCUUCAGAUUUUACCGCAAGAAUUUGAUGUUUUAUGUACUCAUCCGAUGUUCGGACCAGAAAGUGGUAAAGAUAGUUGGAAAAAUCUUCCUUUUGUUUAUGAUAAAGUUAGAGUUGGGAAUGAGGAAUCUAGAAUUAGUCGCUGCAAAAAAUUUCUAAAUAUAUUUGUUCAGGAAGAAUGUAGGAUGGUGGAAAUGUCUUGUGCUGAGCAUGAUAGAGAUGCUGCGGAGUCGCAGUUUAUUACACACACGAUGGGGAGAGUUUUGGAGAAAUUUGGGUUAGAGUCGACGUCGAUAAAUACUAAAGGAUAUGAAACUUUGCUGAAUUUGGUCGAUAAUACAUCUGGGGAUAGUUUUGAUCUUUACUAUGGUUUGUUUAUGUAUAAUAAAAAUGCAAUGGAGCAGUUAGAGAGAUUAGAUAUGGCUUUUGAGUCACUAAAGAAACAACUUUUUGGGCAUUUGCAUGACGUUCUUAGGAAACAACUUUUCGAGAAUGCUGAGGCCUUUGAAGAGUCUAAGCUGAAAUCAGCGUUCCCUAAACUGCUUCAAAAUGGCAUUGCAGUUGAACCACCUUCAGAGAAUACGGGAUGAAGUCGUGUGCAAUCCAUCGCAAUGCGUUCACAAUGGGUAUUUAUGUGUCAUCUGUUUGUUGUUUGUUUAUUCUUGUCGGCUUAUUGGCCAUUUUCUUCCGUGUGAAACAGAACUUAACAGAUAAAUACAUUUAUUGGGUGAAAAGUUCUUAUAAUUGACAUCCUAUCUUCCUCU